AUGCAAAUCAAUGAAACGAUUCUGCUUAUUAUCACAACAGUAAUCACAGCUAUUUCGGCAUUAUUUUGUAUUAUAUCAUUGGCGACUUCAAGAUGGGCAGUUAUAUAUGGUUUAUUUUGUACCGGUUGUCCAACAACAUCAGCUGCUCUUUCUAUUAUUGCCUUUAUCUUAUUAAUGAUUGCUAUUAUUGUUCUUAUCUUAUUAAUCAUUCGAUUGUUACCAAAACCAAUUCGAAUUUUAUCUUUCAUAGUUCUAUUUCUUGGAACUAUCUUCACAUUGGCUUCAUAUGCAGCAUAUUUCGACGCAGGAACUGGAUAUUCAUAUAAACUAAUGGUUGUUUCUCACUUUCUAUGCUAUGUAGCAUCACUUUUAAUUGCCUUUUGGCUCGGUGGUUCAUAUGGAACAACAAUAGCACCAGCUAAUUAA